AAAAAGGUGACAUCAGCGGAAGGUAGUGCUAGUUCAUCAACUACAACUUCUCCUUCCAACACUGGAAAUCGACAUGGAGGAGGUCUUUCCACAGUUUCUUCAAGGGGUGUGCUAAGUGGGACCGGGAGCUCGUCGCCAACGAGAACAGGAACCUCUUCGUCUGAAGGGGUAAGACUAAUUAUGAUGCUAACUAUGUUUUCCGUUUUUUUCUAACAUUCAUUGAAUUGUUCUGAAGAUUCAUUUCUAGCUCGUGUCAGUAUGGUGGGUCAAUGCUCUUUCAUCUCGUUACCACCAGGUCUACACUACGACGACCGCGCCUUCCACCACAACCUCGUCACCAGCCACAGCAACUUCAUCCACAGCACCAGUUGUUUAAGGCUAGCGACUAGUCCAUUGAUUCUCUUGAGAAACUUCCAUGUGGUGCAUCUUUUCCUACCACUUCCAUUUCCGAGGAUUAUGUUUGUCAACUUCAUGAACAAAACUACAAGCAAUUAAAAGCCUCUUCCCCAUCACGACGGACAACGGACGGGAUCUAACUAUUACUUUCUACUUGUAGCUCUAACGCUCCCCUCCUAUCAAAGUCGGCCGCAUGACGCUGAAAGGCACAUCUCCCAUCUUCAUUGGGAACAACGCUCGCAUCAUAAAGGAUUCCAGAUCACCUACUAGCACGCACUCCUCAGCUAGAGGCACAAAAACCGAAACGGUGCCUUCAUCAGCUUUUCCUCGAUUAGGUGAGUUUCGCAUCGCAGGCUUGACUCAAUCGCCGACGUUGGGGAAAAGGGAAGUUCAUGCUGCCGGUAGGAGUCCGGUGCUGGUAUCAACCUGAAUUGGAUGUGCAGAGUCCCAAUGACCUCAUUCUCAAUUCUCCCCUAAUGCAUGCAUGCUACAGAUGCAUCAUUUUUUUUUCCGACUUCUAGCAAGCCCAGUUGAAUCAGUACCUCACUCACUCACUCACUCAACAGAAUCAUCAGGUAAAAAAAUUCGAAAAGGCGAACCACGAAGAGCCAGCGCAGACCACCACAGCUUUCUCCACCAAUAGAAAACACCCCACUAGAUUCAGUGAAGAAGUACCUGCUGCAGUUCCUGAAGAAUUCGACGACGAUGCGGUGGUGACGGAACGAGUCAAGAAUGUACCAGAAGAAGUAGCUACUGUAGUAACAGGAGUAGUUGUUGUAGAUGAAAGGACGCCGACGGGAAACGAGC